AAAAAUAUCAAAUGGAAAAAGAAAGCAUAUUUAACAAGUGGUGCUUGCAUAACUGGAUAUCAACAUGUUCUGUUGAAGGGCAAUUGGAAUUCCGGGCCCUCGUUUUUGUCCCAAGGCAUGCUCCUUUUGACCUGUUUGAAAACAGAAAGAAAAAGAACAACAUCAAGUUGUAUGUGCGCAGAGUUUUCAUCAUGGAUAACUGUGAAGAGUUAAUUCCUGAGUAUCUGAAUUUCAUUAGAGGAGUGGUGGAUUCUGAGGAUCUUCCUCUAAAUAUCUCCCGAGAAAUGUUGCAGCAAAGCAAAAUUUUGAAAGUUAUCAGAAAGAAUUUGGUCAAGAAAUGCUUAGAACUAUUCACUGAGCUGGCAGAAGAUAAAGAAAACUACAAAAAGUUUUAUGAGCAGUUCUCAAAAAAUAUAAAGCUUGGAAUUCACUAAGACUCUCAAAAUCGGAAGAAGCUUUCAGAGCUGUUGUGAUACUACACAUCUGCCUCUGGAGAUGAGAUGGUUUCUCUCAAAGAUUAUUGCACCCGAAUGAAGGAAAACCAGAAGCACAUCUACUUUAUUACAGGUGAGACCAAGGACCAAGUCGCUAAUUCGGCUUUUGUGGAACGCCUCCGAAAGCAUGGCUUAGAAGUAAUCUAUAUGAUUGAGCCCAUUGAUGAAUAUUGUGUGCAACAACUGAAGGAAUUUGAAGGCAAGACCUUGGUGUCAGUUACCAAAGAAGGACUGGAGCUUCCAGAAGAUGAAGAGGAGAAAAAGAAGCAGGAAGAAAAAAAGACAAAAUUCGAAAACCUCUGCAAAAUUAUGAAAGAUAUUUUGGAGAAAAAGGUUGAAAAGGUGGUUGUAUCAAACCAAUUGGUGACAUCCCCAUUCUGUAUUGUCACAAGCACAUAUGGGUGGACAGCAAACAUGGAAAGAAUCAUGAAAGCUCAAGCCCUCAGAGACAACUCAACGAUGGGUUACAUGGCAGCAAAGAAGCACCUGGAGAUAAACCCUGAUCACUCCAUUAUUGAAACCCUCCGGCAAAAGGCAGAGGCCGACAAGAACGACAAAUCUGUGAAGGAUCUGGUCAUCUUUCUGUAUGAAACUGCACUCCUGUCUUCUGGUUUCAGUCUGGAAGAUCCCCAGACACACGCUAACAGGAUCUACAGGAUGAUCAAGCUUGGUCUAGGUAUUGAUGAAGAUGAUCCUACUGUGGAUGAUACCAGUGCUGAUGUAACUGAAGAAAUGCCACCCCUGGAAGGAGAUGACGACACAUCACGCAUGGAAGAAGUAGACUAAGCUUCACCAGAACUAUAUGUUUGCUUACUAUCAUUCCUUCUGAUAAUAUAUUUCCCAGGAUUUUUGUUUAUUUUUGUUAACAUUUAAAGCAUCUGUGUGGCAUGAAAACUAAGGGGAAGAUAAAAUUUCUUUCUACUUGUGUGA